AUGGUUGUCGGCACUCAAACUCAAGAAUUAAUCCUUGGUAAUGCGGUAUCUAAACCAAAGGGUAGAGCAAAUGUAGAUAGUUUGAAAGCAGGAUGUAUUGCCAUGGUCAUGAAGGAUGGAGAGUAUCGGAAGGCCGAAAUUCUAAGUAUUAAAGAGACAAAGAGUGGGAGACAAUUUUAUUGCAAUUUUGACAAUUUCAAUAAACGUCUAGACGAAUGGGUUCCUGCCAACCGAAUUGAUUUUCGGCAGGAAGUAGAGUGGCCUAGUGCGGAGAAACCCAAAGAGCCAAAAAAAGCUACAGCUCCUGCCUUCAAGAAGCUAACCGGUCCAAAAAGAGGCUUGAAAAGGGUUGCUCGCGAAGCUUCGGUGAUUUCUGAGGUUGGCACGCCUCAUUCAUGGACCGAAUUAGUGGAACCCCCAAAAGAGCCCCCCGAUACGGGAAAUGAAGAGAAGCUUAACACUAGAUUAGAUAUUGCUCAGACACCAGGGGUUGAUGAUGAGGAUGCCAUGGAUCUUGAUGAGUCGGGGGAAACGAGCAAACCUCGAACUGAUCCACUUCUUGAUGAUAUUAGCCGUGAAGAGGAAUUAGAAAAGCUUCGAGUGGGAGGCUCCAUGACCCAAAAUCAGGCUGAAAUAUCACGGAUUAGAAAUAUCUCAAAGGUACAAUUUGGAAAAUACGAUUUAUAUCCAUGGUACUUCUCACCAUUCCCCGAGAUUUUCACGCAAGAAGACGUCAUAUAUAUAUGCGAAUUUUGUCUCUGUUACUAUGCAGAUGUAAAAUCAUUCUCACGACACCGACAAAAGUGUACUCUACAACAUCCUCCUGGCAAUGAAAUAUAUCGAGACGAUUACGUUUCUUUCUUCGAGAUAGACGGACGUCGACAGCGGACUUGGUGUCGAAACUUGUGUCUACUUUCCAAGAUGUUCCUAGAUCACAAAACUUUGUACUAUGAUGUCGACCCGUUCCUCUUCUACGUCAUGACAUCUAGAGAUGAGAAGGGGUUUCAUCUGGUUGGCUACUUUUCCAAGGAGAAGGAGAGUGCUGAUGGCUACAAUGUAGCCUGUAUUCUCACUUUGCCUCAAUAUCAGCGAAAGGGAUAUGGUCGACUCCUCAUUCAAUUUUCUUAUGAAUUAUCGGCAAAAGAAUAUAAAACCGGCUCCCCCGAAAAGCCUUUGUCGGACUUGGGGCUUCUUUCGUACCGACAAUAUUGGACGGAAAAUCUAGUAAGGAUCCUUCUGGAAAAAAACGACAGCAAUGAAACCGUAUCAAUUGAAAGUUUAUCUCAAGAACUUGCAAUGACGACUCAGGAUGUGGAGAGCACUCUGCAGGCUCUGAAAAUGCAAGUAUAUCACAAGGGUGAGCAUAAAAUAAUCUUGCCGACCCACAUCAUAAAAAAAUAUCAGGCAGCUAUGGAGAAGUUUAAAACCAAGCCAAGACGUCAAAUUGACCCGAGUAAGAUUAACUGGACGCCUCCUGUUUUCACUGCAAGUUCAAGGACAUGGGGUUGGUAG